UUCGGCAUAGCAACAACAACACAAGCUGUAAUAGGCCUAUUUUUCUCACAUGGCGUUGACAAGACAUUCCUCAUGUAAUUUAGAAAGCAAGACUGAGUAGACAUAUAGCUUUUAAAGAUGAAACAGAAGAGUUUCAAAACAAAGCUAGACUUAGCUGGCGUCUUGAAGUCACUGAAAACACAAGAAACACCAUGGAAAGAGAAGAUAAGACUGGCACACAGGCUGUUACAAGGGGACUGCCUAUUUCCAAAUAAACUUCAAAUCAUUUUAGAUUGGGCUUGUCAAGAGCUUGUUUUUAACAGCGCACAUAAAUGCUACCCCACUGAAAUGCUUCAGGAACUUUGGCAAAUAAUUGUAGAACUACUGCAGACUAUCAAAAGCAAAAACAAAGCAAAUCACUUGUCUUUGAGAAUAUCUUUUAUUGAGGUAGUUGUGAAAGAGUUUCAAGAACCAGGACUUAAAUUAUCAUCCUUCAUAGAGUGUUGCAGAGUAAUGUUUUCUACUGAAGAGUUCUAUAAACCAAUUGUUUCAAAAUUUGAAAAGUUUAUGAAUUUCCUUGCAAGUGUGCUGAAGUAUUCACAUCAAUUGUAUGAUGUCAUUGGUGAAAGGAAGGCAACUGAACUAGAAGAAGAAAAAGACCUCAUUGCAGCUUAUUUUGCAUUAGUUGAUGUCUUGCUUAAACUUUUUGUGAAGCUUUUAAAAAACCAACCAAACAUACAAAAGUUAACAGUAAGUUUUAAUGAAAAACUAAUCCAAGAAAUCGCUGUCUGGAAAAAUGUGCUUUCAAAGUUUGUCAAAAGAACCGAAUCAUCAUGGAGCGGUACCAGCUCGAGGGAAUUAUUAGAGAAGUCCUUAUGGAACAGCCAAAACAUAAUGACAAUAAAAGGCCACAUGCAUUUGUGGGGUGUGGAUGAGACAACAAAUGAACAUUUUGCACAAAAGUUUGCCUUGUUGGACAGUCUGUUUUCAAGUGUGGCAAGAUGUGUCAAUCUAGGCAACGAGAGUGACGAGGAUAGACUUGUCUCAGAAUCGAUGCUUGCUUUUGUACCUGAACAAUACGAAGCAUUUCUCAAAGCCAACAGGAAUGCAAGCACGCUUCCAAGGCAUUUUGAAUUCACCUUAUUCAAACGAUUUUGUGCACUUAUUUUUCCACAAUUGGACAAGAUCAAAAGUUGUGUAGCAAUGGCAAAUUGCCUUAAUCAGUUGCUGAAUGUCAUGGUCCAAUUUAACGUUUUCAAGGUAAAUGACGAUUCAAUAAAUACAGAUGCAAAUAAAAGCUUUUUGCAAAAUCUCACGAAGCUUAUCAUCCGGAUAAUCAAAACUGGGACCCCAGAAUUCAACAUAAUUUUACUACAAUGUGUCCAACAUUUAGUGGACAUAGACCGUUCACUUUUUGACUCUUACAUACAAGAUAUAUUAAAAGAAUUGCUGGCUCCUGUUAAAAAUGAAGGCGUCGAGGACAGUAACGAGCUUCUGGAAAAAUCAAAGUGCAGCUUGUUCCGCUUCAUUAUGGACAAUUUCGCUAAAGCACGACAGAUCGAAGAAUUUUUGAAAGAGCUGGUAAUUUCUGUUCGUGAAUCUCUGUCACAUGUCCGUAUAGAUUCGUUUGUUUUUGAUCGUCUGAAGGAGAUCAUGUCAUCUUUAUCUGUUGGUCAGUCUUUGUCAGUCACAGACGCAUUGCUUAAUGAAAUGACGGAGGAAUACAUUGAAAAGCUCAAAGAUUUUGUCAUAUCAGAAGAUAUCACCGCUGCAGAGUUAAAAGGAUUGGAAGGAGAAAUACGAAAGCUCUCCCUGAUUUCAGAAAUGUUUUCAAUAUGCAUGCUGAAUACUCGUGUCUUACCAAUGAAUGGUUACAUUGGGGAUAACCAGGAGAGUUACUUGAGCAUGGUUAAAAGGCUGCAGCUCAACAUUUUACUUGUUGUCAAACUGUUUGCAAAAAUUGACCAAAAGAAGUAUGCGACAAAUGAAGUGCUCAAAUUGGCUUGGAGACUUGUAUUGACACAGCAAAGGAUUUCUUUGUACCUGUUGCACCAUGGCAUAAUUGACUCGCCCAUACUUCCGCACCCUGAUUUCCUUGAAGUUGUGCGUUGUCUAGCUACAGGUAGCAAAGAAUCUACAGAUGGAUGUUCAAAACGCAGUUCAUCAUUGUUUGUAAAAAAUCUGAUCCUCCACUUACAACAGAUGAUUUUGAUAUCAGACGAAGGUGCGGUCAAUUACUGCUGUUAUCAGCUUGACGAAUUCAUUCUUGGUUGCUUGGAUACCAGUGAAUUAGUUUACAGGGACCCAAGCAUGCUUUCUGUGACAGCUACUAUUGUCGAAGAGCUUCCCUGGUUGUGUGACUAUAUCAGAGGAAAAUCAGUUAGUAUUCUUGGCCAAGUGAUGUUCGAUGUUGUUAUGAAACAGUCCCAGAAGGAUUUCAGGGUGGAUCAAGUUGGAACAAGCACUGAUUACGACAAAAAUGAUUCAGAAGUUUUUUCCAAACUAAUUAUGUCACCCGUUUUCUAUGACAACGAAGCCAUUCAAACUGCGUUCUGCGAUUUGUUGCCAAAGAAAACAUGGUCAUUGUUAAAAGAGAGCUUCACAGAUGGUCUUAAAGCAACACUUGAAAGAUCCAUAGAGUGUCUUAAAUCAAGUGGGGAUCAUAAUAUUAUGGAAAGCAGUCAGUCAGAAGACGGGACAACACUUAUGGAUAUCAGCCUGCCUGAAACAGAUGGUAGGAUUGAUGGGCAGUUUGAAGAUGCUUGUGAUAACAUUAUCACAACUUUGCUCGGCAUCUCUAGUAUGCGUGCAACAUAUACACCAGAUAAAGAAGAAACGGAGACAAUCACGCAUGUUUUGCAAACAGAUGUGCAUGCACUUUUAAAGGUUAUUGGUAUUAUGAAUUUUGAAUGGCUGUCAGCUGAGAAUGCAGCACGUUUGAUCGUUUCAAUCAAAAUACUACUUUUCAGAAUUGUUUUCUUGCUAAAGCCAUGUGAUGACUGUGGAAAAGCAGAUGUGAAUAUCUUCUAUUUGUUGGAAAGAUUUACAUCAUCAACAAUUAUUUCAAAUCGUUUAAAUGUAUGGAAACUGAUAGAUCCUGUACUGCUAUUACAAUAUUCUUUAUGCAUGGUUGAAAGGUUGGUUCAUCAGAACUCUUCAGAGUUACCAGAUGUAGUCUACUUGUGCAUCCAGAACAUUUGGUAUCUUGUUUUGAAUGUUAAGAGAAGUAGGACGGGUGAAUCUGUAUUUGAAAGUAUAAAGCUCAAGAUGCUAAAAAUCGCGGAGGAGCUUGCAAGAAACCCAGACGAAGCAUCCGUUAGAGUUUUUUAUGCCUUAACAUCUGUGGUUCUGAAUACAAUUCAGAAUAAAAUUGUAAAGAGGCGAGCAUUGACAACGGGUCUUGAAUUGAUAUAUCCGAUCGUCGAGCAAAUGCUGGGUGACGUUUCAACAGAAUCGAGGGUUUUGGUGGAACACAAAUUUACGGAAGAGAAAGUCAAAUUUCUUGUCCUACGAUGUUACUGCAACUUGUAUUCUAUUUGCCUCAUGAUGAAAAUUGCAGGGAAAGAUGAACGAUUCAUCUCACUGGUGGAAGGUUCAAUGCUAGAAGAAAUGAUCAGCAAUGCGUCGUACGAUGUUAGAGAUAUUUUGUUGAAGGCUGAAAAUGAAUUUGACAUCGAACAGUCCAUGUCAUUAAAAUUUGAGGUUUGUUUAGAGUUCUUGCAAAUGAUAUCGAGUUUUGAAAAUUGUCAAGAAGUUGAUCAGUUACAAAGACUGGAUUUCUCUGGUUCGGUUUUUAGUUGCUUGUGCUCUAUUCUCGAAAAAUCGAGCAGAGGAAAGGGAGAAUGGAAGCUGCGCACAGUUUGCUAUCAAGUCAUGGCAAACCUUAUAUGUCAUGGCAAGGAAAUUGUAGCUGAACACCUUUUGAAUGAGCUGAUCUUUCGGACAAGGUCAGCCUUGCACAAUAGAAAUGCAUUGCUGGUGCACAUGCGUUUUUUUUGUUAUUUGCUUGGGCUGAAAGGCAGCAAGGACAAUAAAAAGAAGUUUGCUGAAUUGCUACCAAAGGUGAUGUAUAUUUGCAUAGAAGUAAUCAACAACAAGCUAAAGGAAAACGAAGAGAAUUUAUUGAUGGCUUUAUACGAAUGCAUCACAACGAUAGUUGCUUUCCCGAAGGGAGUUCUUAUGCCCUCUUUGGCUGUUGCUUCCAUUCACUGUGUCGUGGAUAAGUCACAAGCCACUUAUCAAUAUCGAAAAACUGCUCACAUGAAGGAACAACGAGUAAACAGGCACCUGGCUGCUUUGUUUUCCAGAAAAAUCGAACGGUGUGAUAAAUAUCAUGGCCACUAUCUUUUUACCCAAAACAGUCGCUACAAACCCAGAGGAAAAAGUAAAGUUCCUAUGGCAAUAGUUCUGUUAUUGCCAACAUUUCGAUAUGUCCCUGAUAAAGUCGGUAACACAGACGUUUUAUUCUUUCAUUGGCAUUACACGGCAGUAAAUUGCUACAUCGACAAAAUAAUCUAUAGGCUUCAAAGCAACAACAAUAUUACAUGAUGUUUUGUGAUAUCGGUACAUUUAAGGCAGUUUUUCCAAAUAGUCUGUAGCCAAAUGGUGUAGCAAUGCAAUGUUAUUUGCUGUUAUGUAAUGAUGUGACAAAUAACCAGAGUGCUGUUGCUUUUGUGACAUUAUGGCAAAUUUGUCACUGUCCGUCUGAUUAGCUUUUAAGAUCAACUUAACAUAUGUAGUUAUGACUCGGAAAGCUCUUCAAAAUAAUUAUUAUAAUAAUAACAAAGAAUCAUUUGUUAAUCAACAUUAUUCCGCAAAUACAAUCGCUGUCAGAGUAGAAAUUUAUUUCUGGAUGGUAACGAAAAACGAUAAUAUUUUUUUGAUUCUCACAAGGAAUUUUAUGAAUCAUAUUGCGAAUCUAUGUAUUUUCAGUCUUUUACAACUCUAUAUUAUCAAACGAUCAAAUAAAUAUAUUGUUUUUUGUCAAGCAUGCGCACAUGUCAACUUAACCUUCUCAAAAACACUCGAAAACACAUUCAUAUAUUCUGCUGUACGUUUUCUUAGUUUUUGCUCUUCUCAUCUACACUUCUUUAUCGCUCUGUAACUUUUCACGUUCAUCUGCAAUGGCCUUUGAUUGUUCAUUAUAUGAUUUCAACGUAUGCCGAGAAUUUUUUGAACGCAAUAGCGCGAUAUUAACGUCCGUCGUGGUUAACAGAUACUUUUUUAAAAAUGUUUGUUAAAUUCAAGGGGUCGCUAAACAGCAAAUGAUAAUGAAAAAGCAGUAGUAUAGUGAGUUAUUACAAGUUUACUAAGCGCUUUUCAGCUUGAGGACCGAGACAAAAUCAUAGAAAAUUGACUUGAAACAAGCUGACAAACCUGGCUGAUCGU